GGAGAGGUGGAGAAGAAGCACACCCAGCAGCAGAUCCCUCUUCUUUCCUGCAGGUCUUCUAAAUAAACAUCAGUCAGCUCUUCAUCGAGGAGAUGCAGCUCUUUCUCCUCUUCUGUCUUAUAUGCCUGAUGGCUUCUUCUGGCACUGGUCAAAGCCCAUGUCUUCCUGGUCCAAAAGGUGAAAAAGGGGAUCGUGGGCCAUCUGGUCCACUUGGUCCACCAGGUUUUCCUGGAUCACCUGGUCUGCCUGGAGUUAGAGGUGCACCAGGUCCUAAAGGGGAUCGGGGAGAUAAAGGAUACAGUGGAAUUCCUGGGGUUCCUGGACUCCCUGGGACGGCUGCAGUGUGUACACAAGAUCUCACUGAUUCCAGCUGCCCAGGCCUCAAAGCCUUACAGGACAGUGUGACUAAGUUACAGCUGGCCAUAACUUUCACUUCUGUCGUGAGAGUUGGUCAGAAGUACUUUGUCUCCAACAAACAGCGAGACUCUUUCUCCAAAGCCGUCGAGUUCUGCUCCAGCCGAGGCUUAGAGCUGGCUCUGCCGCAGAACGAGAAGGAGAACAACAUCUUGACUCAGUUCUUUGGGGACGGUCACAGAAUGGCAUGGAUGGGCGUCAACAGCAAAAAAGCAGAAGGGAAUUUCAGGGUCGAUUUGAAAAGGCGAUCUCUGACUUUUACGAAAUGGGGUGAGGGGCAGCCUGACCGAUCCAUCCAGGACACCGGCUGCACCAUGCUGAGAGAAGACGGUGUCUGGAGUCUGACACAGGAAUGCUCCCAAAGUAGUCUCAUCAUUUGUCAGAUAUAGAAAGUUCAGAGUCUCUCAGGUCCUGCAGUGAUACAAUGCUUGAUAAAUUUGAAGUACCUGAUCUUGGAUAUAGUACUAAAAAACCCUGGUUAAGAUUAAAUGUUUAUAUUAUGAUUAAACCUUCUUACUGUAAUAAAGCAGAUCCAGCAUCAUGAACGACUAAAUCCCAAAAAUAUGAAUGCCGGAUGUUAGCGAAAAUUUAAUGAAUUCCAAAGAAGUUGGGGAACUUUAUUGCAUUCUCUUUAUUACUGGACAUGUGAAUUUACUUUGUCAAAUACCAGGAAUUGCCCCCUCCCCCGCUCACCCUCUGAGUCCAUGUUGUGCAAUUGAUGCAAAACUGGAGAUCAGCACAAAAGAGUUAAUACAAACCAUCAGUAUGAAGUGAGGCUGCUUCAUGUCUUCUGCAUGCCUGUGUUUUCUUUUCUCUGUAGACUGUUGGUUCAACCAAGUACAUGGAGCAUUUUUAUAAAGGUAGAACCUGCUGUGAUAGCUGUAGCCUCCAUUGCUUUACCUGCCAUAUGGAUGUGUUGCAAACAUCACACUUUAUUUUCUAUAGUGUUCUUCUUACUCUACCCCCUGAGAUUCAAAACCAAAGAACAUUAUCUAAAGCAAAAUACUUUAAUUGUACGACACAGUAUAAUACAAAAAACAAUAUCUUUUCAAAUGGACAUGAUUUGAAAACAUAAAACAAUAAAGCAUGCAUUCAGCAGCCAUUUGCCUUCUCACAUUCUUUUAUUUGCACAUUUGCCAGAUAUGCCUAAUUUCUUCCAUUUCUUGAUGAUGGAUUUGUCAGAACAGGGGUAGUUCACUUCCCUGGAAAUGUUUUUGUAUCCACCCCCUGACUGAAACUUUUCAAUAACCUUUUCUUU